AUGGACUUCAUUAUCUCAGGAAAGGGACGAGGCAGCUCCACAAGGUUCCUGGUGGAGAAAAACCCGAUCAGGGUGCAGAUGUCUCCUCACACCUGCAGACUCACCUUCACUGGAAACCACUUGCCAAGCAAGCUGAGCGACAACCUGGUGCAGCAGUUCCUCCUCCCGGAUCAGACUCCUCCCAUCCUGGAGGCGGAGAUGUCGCUCCGGGCCGAGCUGCAGACGACCAGCAGCAAGCAGACGGACAGCCGGGCCUCGGGUCCGAGGCAGAUCUACUCUCCUGACCCCGGCAACAGACAGGAAGUGACCCCAGAGCCACUGAAGCAGCAUCAGGAAGGGAAGUCGGAGAAGAAUGUGAAGAAGCAGAAAGAGAAGGAGAGGAUGGAGGAGGUGCAACGGGUGGAGAAGAAAGAGGAGAAGGUGGAGGAAAGGAUGGAGCCAGAGGGAAGGCCAGCAGACACGACCGUAACAGAGCACCACAUGAGAGAGCGGGUCAUGUCGUUAGGGCGAGGGAGUUUUAUACCGUCGCCUGAUUGGUUGGUUUUUGUACUCGUUUCAGCCACUCAGCUGAAGCCAGAUGAAGGCACACCCGAACUCCCAGAAGGCCGAGUGAGAGUCCGUCUGCAGACCGACGGCUCGCUGCACGACGUCACGGAGUACGAGAUCGAGAAGUGCAACCCCUCAGAGCUGGACCUGUGCGAGGAUCUCAGCGACCUGCAGAGCGUCAACGAAUGCGGAGUCCUGCACAACCUGACCAGUCGAGCUAAAGCCAACCUGCCGCUCACGCACGCCGGGCCCAACCUGGUCAACCUGUGGCCGCCGGUACAGGCUCACAGCAAGUGUUUGUGUGUGUGUGUCUCUGUGUGUGUGUGUGUGUGUGUGUCGUCCAGGGCUCUGAGCAGCCAGCAGCUGACCUUGUCCUCGGUGAUGGUGGUGGACCCGCCGGGCCUCAGGAACCCGAGACACUCGGACGGGGAGCGAGCGGCCGGCUGGCCCGAACUCUGCCACAACUACCUGCAGGAGAGGCUGCUGGAGCACUACCACACACACACCUUCACACACACACUGGACAGAUACACACAGGAGAAGAUCCCAGUGGAGAUGGAGUGUCCGGAGAACAGUCCAGCGGAGGUGGUGUCUGCGAUCGACCAGCCGCCUCCACAGGUUGAUCUGAUUCCUGCAUGUGAUGUCUUCCUCAGAGCGGAGGUGAAGAACCUGUUCAGCCCGAAGGUCCCCCUGCCCCCCCUGUGUCGAGGUCUGGGCGGUCUGGACGGCAGCAGCCAGCGCUCUCUGCAGAGGAACGGCACCAUCAGGAAAACCCUCAGCGGAGGCAUGGCGGCCAUACGCAGACACUCCCAAUGCAUCGCCGUCAAACUCCAGGCAGACGCCCUGGUGAACCUGAUCCGCCGAGCCAGGCCCGUGUUCCUGCAGUGUGUGCUCGCAAAGACCGACGGGGGAGGCUUCGACGUGCCGGCGCUCCGAGUACAGCUGCACGCCACGCAGAUCCUGUCGGCCCUGCAGCUCCACCGCACAGGUUAUCCAGAUCACAUGUCUUUGAGUGACUUCAGGUGUCACUUCCAGGCGUUGUCUCCUCCGAUUAUGAAGCGUUACGCGUCGAUGUUUGUCAGCCACGAUGAGAGAAAGGCGGUGGAGGAGUUACUGGGCGAGUUGGAUCUGGAUAAGAAGAGCAUCGUGGUGGGCGCCAGCAGGGUGUUCAUGAAGCGAGGCGUGCUGGGCUACCUGGAGCAGCAGCGGGACCAGCAGGUUACCGGCUGGCUGAUCCAUCUGCAGGCCGCCUGCGUGGCACAUCUGGCCCGUCAGAGGUACCGCAAACUCAAGGUCAGUCUUACAGCCGUGACAUCGGAGCUAAGCGACGAGCGUUUCCGUGGCGAUGCGGUGGGUCAGGCUCUGGACGUGGAGCGGGUCGAGAGGAUCCGACUCGGCAAGGAGAACAAAGACCUGCAGGCCCGUCUGGACCAGUGCAAGGUCACCAUGGAAACCCUGGAGAAGCAGCUGGAGGAGGAGAAGCACAAAGCUCAGGUGGCGGAGGGUCAGCGGGGAGCAGCGACAGAGAGCGAGCUGGCCAUGCAGCUGGAGUGCUGCCAGACGGAGGUGGAGUUUGUCCGCAGACGGCUGAAGCAGACGGAGGAAAAACUGGAGACGGAGAGACAGACCCGACAACAGCUCGAUACCAAGGUUGCGACCCUGCAGACCCAGCUGGAGCAGUCCAGGCGGAGUGCGACCGAUCUGAAGCGCCACUGCCGGCGCGUGACCUCUGACCUGCAGGACGCCCGCGUGCUCGCCGACAGCCUGCAGGGCCGCAUGCACGAGGUGGACCGCAAGCAGAGAAGGUUCGACAGCGAGUUGACUCAGGCUCUGGAGGAAGCCGACACCGAGAGGGAGCUGAAGGACAAAGCUUUCCAGGAGAACGCCGCUCUGGGGGCGGAGAUAUACACUCUGCGCCGCAACCUCCAGGUGCGUUUGGAUCCAUCGGCGUUUAAAACCACGAAGAAAACCUCGGGGGAACAUCACGCUGAAGGACUCAGGUCCCAGUACCACAGAUUAUGUCAUGAGUGUAACACAGCCUGCAGUCCUGCACUCCAGCAGAGCGCGUCGAGGGUGCAGUUCCUGGAGGCGUCCACUGUGGGGCGUAGCAUCGUCAGCAAACAGGAGGCGCGCGUGUGUGACCUGGAAAACAAACUGGAGUUUCAGAGAGGGCAAGUCAAGAGGUUUGAGGUGCUGGUGUUGCGUUUGAGGGACAGCGUGGUCCGUCUGGGCGAGGAGCUGGAGCAGAGCGCCCGGGCCGAGGCUCGCGAGCGGGACAACGCCCGCUACUACCAGCAGCGUGUGCAGGACAUGAGGCUGGAGAUGGAGGAGCUGGUCCAGAGGGAGCAGGACAGCGGCCGCAGACGCAUGGAGCUGGAUCUCAGAGUCUCCUCCACCGUUGGAGGUUCCUGCCACGUGGACCUUGGGACUUCCAGCCUAUACUCGGCACAGAUGUUCCUGUGCAACGCCAGCCGCUCGGUUCCGUGUAUACGCCGCACACCUGCCUGUAUUUCACGUGCUUCAUUUUACGUGCCAGACUGUCUCAGUGGCGUCUUUACCCAGCCUGCACCUGGGGUCCUGUCUGGUGUGGUGGGUCACAGAGACUUCGAUGUGGAGAAGAAGCUGAAGCGAGACCUGAAGAGGACUCACGCCCUGCUGGCCGACGCCCAGCUGCUUCUGUCCACCGUCGACAGCCCGGGGCAGAACCCCCCCGCCGGCAGCAGGGAGCAGAUAGAGCGGCUGCACUGCCAGCUGGAGGAGAGCGAGGCGAAGCGGCUGCAGGCCGAGAGCCUCCAGGCGACGCUCUCCCAGGAGCUGGACAACUGUCAGAAUGAACUGGAAAACAUCUGCAAACAGAAGAGUAUGGUGGAUGAGCAGCUGGUGCUGCUGCAGCAUGAGAAGGUGGACCUGCUGAAGAGACUGGAGGAGGACCAGGAAGACCUGAAUGAACUCAUGAAGAAGCACAAAGCGCUCAUCGCUCAGUCGUCCAGCGACAUCGCUCAGAUCAGAGAGCUGCAGGCGGAGCUGGAGGAGGUGAAGAAGCAGAGACACUCCCUGCAGGAGGAGGAGAUGCAGGUGGAGGAGCUCGGCGCCGUCAGACAGACGCUGCAGGCCGACCUGGAGACGUCCAUCCGCCGCAUCGUGGACCUGCAGGCCGCGCUGGAGGAGGUGGAGUCCAGCGACGAGAGCGACUGUGAAAGCGUUCAAACGGCUGUGGAGUCGUUGACUCGAAAGAAAGACCUUGACUCGGUGUCCAGUGUCGGGACCGAGGACGUAGGAGAGGGGAUUCGUCAUUGGCUCGGCGUGCCCAGAGGAGCGUCCCGUGGGAGUGGCUCCCCCUACGGCAGCAGUACCAUCAGCAGCCAAGGGGGGCGCCAGUCUGUCGCUGACACCAUGAGCACCUACAGCUUCCGAUCUUGUGUGGACCCUGAUGACGAGCCCUCUGAGGCUGGCGCAGGGGGGACCAGAGGUCUCGGUCGCGCCCCGUCCUCCGCGCUGUCUGAGCUGCUGGACGGACUCCGCAAACGCCGGGCCGGCGGCGACCCCAGUGACGGAGCCGGCAGCGCCGUCUCCCUGCCGGUGUACCAGACGACCGCGGCCUCGACUCUCAGACGGCGGGCCUCGGCCCUCUCUCUGGGCCCAGGCGACCUGGAGCCCCGGCCCGGCCCCGGCAUCCUCAAACCGCCUUCCCCGCUGCUGCAGCGCGCCGCCAGCGCUCGCUCCAUCGGCGCCGCCCAAACAUCCGCCGCCGCCGCCUCUACAGCCGGAGCCAAACUCUCCCGCUUCAACUCCAGUGAGUCUCUGUCUUCGCUUCCCUCGCUGCCGCGCCUCUCCUCCUUGGCGUCCUCCCUCGCUGCUCGCCACCACCCCCCCUCCCUGUCCAUCCCGGAGGAGGAUGCGGAUCAACCCCGCCGAUCAGUGACCAUGGAGCGCUCCCCUCAGCCACUGAGGCGGUGCAUGCUGGGGACUCUCGCUUUGGAGGACGGAGGCGAAGGCGCCCUGGGCUCCGAACCCAUGGUGUUCCAAAACCGCCGGCUGAUUGAGGAUGGCGGGCGCGACGACACGGCAUCUGACAUCCUCCCCGCCAUCCGGAGAGCCCAGUCCACCAGCAGCCUGGCCGGCUCGCUCAGAGGAGGCCGGAGGGCGCUGAGCGUCCACUUUGGAGAGCUGCCGCCGUCGACCCGCAGCAGGAAAAGCUCCGAGACGGAGUCCUCCAGCUCAGGGGGAUCGGGGGGAAGUUCCCAGGGCGGGGGGACCAGACGCCGGUUUGAGAGGCCACAGGGAGAGAGACUGGAGGCGGAGGGCAGCGAGGGCGGAGACGUGGCUUCGGUCAUGAAGAGAUACCUUAAAAAGGAGACUGACUGAAGCAGAUGAGACCCGUUGUGUGUCCACGUCUCGACAGACUGAAGACUGCAGUCAAGGCUGAACAAAAACACUUCACAAGCUGACGCUUAUUAAAGCCAACUGAAAAUACAUUCGCCCUCAAUCAACAGAUGAGCACUGUUUGUA